AUGUUCGAAACCAAUCCUUAUGCGAGUGGACUACCGCAAUCAACAGAGCUUCAAGAUUUACUUAUGUGUGAAUCACUAUUUGAUGAAUUCACCACGACAAAUAAUUUGAAUAAUAAUCCAAAUACAACGCAACCACCUUCGACUACAAUGUCGGAGUUUGAAGCUCAAAUACAAGCAAUGUUAGCUGCAAAUAGUAAUAAUAUCGAAAGUUCUAACGAUGGUCAUAAUCAAAUUUUUAAUAAUUAUCAAUAUCCUGUAUCAACUUUGCCUACCGAUACUCUAUUUAAUUCAUCGGACAUAUUAGCUUCUCUAAAUUCUCAUGAUUCAUUCUUAAAUUCACCCAGUUCUUAUACUACGAUUGACGACAAUUGUUCCUUAGACACUCUUUCUCCACCACAAUUUAAUUCCUUACAAGAUUUUACUAUUUCACCGAUCGAUGCUAAUGUUCAAGAAUUUUGUCAAGACUCUUCUAUGGAAGGAUCUCCUUUUGAACAAUUAUUAACUUCAAAAAACGAUCUUGACACACUUAACUUAAUCGCUUCUCAGCAGUUUGAUAAUGCUAAAAAGCGCGCUAAUUUAACAUUUGAUCGUGAUAGUAUUUCACCUGAUAAAUCAUCAAAAAAGAAGCGUAAAAGUCUAAAUAGUGUGAUUGGUAAAUCUAUUAAAAAAUCUUCAACUGGAUUGAAAUCUUCGGGACAUCCAACUUCUACUUCAGGAACUGAGUUUGUUAAAAGUGAAUUAAAUUCUUCAGAUGGUACUCAAAGUAUUGUAGUUCCUAGUUCUCCCGUUAUUUCUUCAGAUACUUCAAAUUAUGCUACAAACUCGAUGUUGGCAUUUAAUCAAGGUGCUUGGAAUCAAUCAGCUCAAACCGUUAAUCCUUCCGCAACGAGUUUCGUUCCCGAUGGGAUGAUCGAGUUUACGAAUAUACCUUUACUUGUCGCGCGUGAUAGUUCUCCUGCUGCCAA